AUGAGAUACUCGAACCUCAUCACGGCCUUGGCCCUGACCGGCGCAGCUCUCGCUGCGCCUGGAAAUGCUGGCUAUGGGUGGAGACUGGCUGCCCGCAAUGAAGUAGCAGAGGCUCCACAAGCCUCAGCAGCGGCUGCGACGGCGGCCGCGGCUCAGCCUGAGCAGGCAAGUGCCGAGACAGCGACUGCUGCCGCCGAGCAGACGCAAGCUGCUACUGUGGUCGAGACAGUGGCUGCUCAGGAAGCAAGCGCUACCCUCGAGGUUGCUACUGCCAUCGCCACCGCGCAAGCAGCGACUGCAGCGGUACAGGUCCAGCAAACAGCCGCAGCAGCAGCAGCUACAGCCCAAGCUCAGGGCGCAACACAACAGCAACUCGCCGCUCAGAUCAACAGUGAUCCCAUCGUGGUCCAGACCUUCCAGCAGGCGCAGGAGAGUGUCAUUAGGGCACAACAGCAAGCUCAGGAUGAUGUCAUUUCCUGCCAGCAGCAAGCCGCCCGACAAGUUCGUCUUACUCAACAACAGGCCGCGUCUGAUGUCAGAGUCGCACAGCAACAGGCUCAGCUACGUCUGCUACAGCAGGCUCAGAUCCAACAAGGUCAACAGGCAAAUGUUGCGGCUCAGCAGCAACAAUUGGCCCAGGCACAAGCGCAACAGCAGCAAGCCGCGCAGCAAAUGGCUCAAGCAAUGCAAGAGGCUGCUCAGGCCGCUCAACAGCAGGCUGAUGCGGUCGCGAAACAGGCAAAGCAAGCUCAACAGGCAUAUCAGCAAGCACAGCAGCAACAAGCGGAAGCCACUGCAACACAAACCACGGUGGCCGUGGCUGUCGAAGCCCAAGCAACCGCAGCACAAACCGUUGAGGCUGUGGCUGCUGAAGCCCAAGUUACUGAAGCUACUGCAGCUCCCGCGAAGCGCCAACUUGACCGAAUCUUGGGUGGACUUGGCGGCGGACAAGGACAAGGAGCUGCUGCUGGCCAGCUUGGCGGACUGCUCGGCGGCGCCGCUGGAGUUCGACAGGGAGGCGCUGCUGGAGGUCUUGGAGGGCUUCUCGGAGGUACAGCGGGGGGUCAGGGAGCGGCCGCAGGAGGGCUUGAUCAGCUUCUCGGUGGUGCUGCUGGUGGAGGUCCAGCUGGACGACAAGGAGGGGCUGCUGGAGCAAGUCGAGCUGGACGACAGGGCGGCGCUGGCGGACUCGGAGGACUUCUCGGAGGCGCCGCCGGCGGCCAAGGAGGCGCUGGAGGCGCUGCUGGAGGACUUGGAGGGCUUCUUGGCGGUGCAGGCGGUGCGGCUGGUGGAGCGGGCGGUCCCGACCAGAUCCUUGGUGGUUUGGGUGGUGGGGCAGGUGGAGCAGGCGGUCUCGACCAAAUUCUCGGAGCUGCUGGUGGCGCUGGCGGUGGUCAGGGUGCGGCUGGAGGUCUUGCUGGUCUGGCCGGAGGAGAUACUGCCGCCGGUGAACAGGCGCAGAACGAGGCCGAGGCCGCGACUGCCACUCGAGCUACUGCGAGCGAAACCGCUGCAGCUGAAUCGGAGACAGCUACUGCCGCUGCUAUCGAAGUUACUGCAGCCAACCUGACAGCCACGGCCGCAAACGUCACAACAGAAGCCUCUGCAGGCAAUGUCACAGCUGAAGCUGCCCUGAACAGCACUGAGACUGUUGCAGCAGGAAAUGGCACUGCAUUGGCGGCAGCCGAGCAGAUCGCGACUACUACUGCGGAUGCUCCCGCGACGGCUACAUUGACUGAUCUUGCUGCUGCGGCCGGUGUUGUCGAGGCUACUGCGACAGAGGCGGCAACAGCUUCGGCGGCGGCUGUCGAAAACGCAAGAGGGAACAAUACGGCUACUGCAACGGCAGAAGCUGGAGAUGAGGAGGAAGACGACGACUAG